AUGGCUGAAGGAAAAGAAAAAAAUUUGUUGAAAUGGCUAGCAUAUGGACCCAGAAAACAAGCAAUAUCUUACACAGGAUUUAUUAUCAAUGGUCAACGAUUCCAUGUAAAGGAUAUUGAGAAGUCUACACAAAAUAGUGGUGUUUCCAUUGAUGCAACAACCAUGUGUAGAUCUAGUACUAAAGAUAUAUCGCAAGUUGCUGGUGUAGUUUCCUACUAUGGGGUCCUAAAAGAGAUAAUCUUGUUAGAUUAUUACACGGUUCAAAUUCCAAUUUUCAAAUGUCAUUGGGCUAAUGUUCCUAAUGGUGUUAGGGUAGAAUAUGGUCUUACAUUAGUAAACCUGCACCAAAGUCAAUCACAAUUUGUUAAAGACCAAAGUUAUGUUAGAGAAAAAACUAGUGCUGAGUUUAAGGCCAAAAGUGAGAAAUUCAGAAAGAUACGGACAAAGCAAUUGCCUCACACUUGUAGCCGUAAAGGAUAUGCACGCUUGACUGAAGAAUUGGUUAAUAAUAGCGGAAGCAAAGAAGCACCUUCUAGAGUUGAUGUUUGGACUAAGGCACAUAAGAAGAAAAAUGGUCAACCUGUAAAUUCAGAAGUGGCUGAAGCUUUUAAUACAUAUUUGAGGGCUUUUGGAAGAGGAGUUACUCGGUCAAAGUUGGCAAUUGUUUCUGAACGAGAUGAUCACAUGAUUCAAAUAAAAGAUCAAUGUAAUGACUUGAAGGAUAGAAUGUCACACAUGGAGCAACUAAUUCAAUCUUUACUAAAAAAUCAGAAUGAACCUGUUCAAAGUGGGGAGCAAUCAAAUGCCCAUGUUCCAUCAUCUCCUGUGAGUGUAAGGGAUAACAUAUAUGGCCAAAAAUGCAAAAUAUUGGAUUGGACUGGAUCUGGAGAUAUUAUUGCAGAUGGACAUUUCAUUUCAAGUGACCCACAAGAUGAGGUUCAUCAUGUUCCUCUUGGUCCAAAUGCCAUGAAAGUGGGAAUAGAUUUUGCAAGGAAACCCAAUGCAUUUCUUUGGAGGCCUACAUCUAACAUUUGCCAUAUGGAAGAUGCUAUUGGUAGUAUAAUUGCUUGGCCAUCUGAAAAAGUGAGAAUGAACUGACCAAUUGGUUGUGAUGCCAUACUUCAUAUAGUUAGGCUCUUGAGGAUCACAGAUAGAUGGAAACAAAUGGAAGGUCAUGGCACACUUUUUGAGCUCGGCAAUAGGCUUUCAAAUCUAGUGCAAAUAACAAAGCAUCAAAAUAUCUUUAGAUUUCGUUGUUCACUUUUAAAGUGAAACAUGAAAGUUUUUUCAAAUUUUAGUUAAACCUUUUAGCUAGAAGUUUAUUAUGAUGACUUUGAUUCUCUAAACUUUACUUUUUGAAAGAUGGUUCACUUAAGUGAAAUAUGUAUUUGGACCGAGUUACCUAAUAUGAUGAUAUUGACAUUUUUUAAGAUUUAAUGCUUUUUUUUUAUCA